CGAAAGGGCCGCCGCCGUCGUUGUCCAACACUACGCACCAAAACAUUCGAAGAAACGAAACCUGCGCACAUAUAUGCCAGUUGGCCAACAUACGCCCCACAACGCCGGAGAAGAGGAGAACGUCGGAGAUCAUCUUCACCGUCAUCUUUGAGGAUGGAGCCUGCUGCCGUCUCUGGAAGAGAGGGUCGUCGCCGAAAAAGAGGAGUAUGCCGCAGUCAACCGUAGUUCCGACUCCAUCCUGCCUCCGGAGUAAAUCGGAUCGUCUCCUAGCGCCGCUGCCACGGAACGUUGCCUAGAACCUGCGCGCCACUGACAAAAAGAACGCAGGCCAAUGUUGGGAGAAUAAAAGCCGAACCUGCUGCCACCGGAGGAUCUGCUAUGCCGGAAUGCCAGAGUGAGAGGCCGCUGCUACGCCAAGAAAACAGAUACCAAGAAGGCUGACGACGCUCGCCUGGAAGAAGGAAGCUGCCGAACCGUUCCCGCCGAUGUAUUUGCCGGAGUACUGCUGCCGGACUGAAUUCUUGCCUGAGGAAGAACCAAUGGUAUCUCUGGAGGAGUAGACCGCAUAGGACGUCGACGAAAGAGUGCCGCUGCUACACCUGCACCUUCUUGUUCUGCGUUGAACUGCCGGGGAAGACGACAGACGAAGAAAGGUGGAUUGAGUGAGGAGCAAAGUCGUAGAAGAAUUGUCUAGAGUACUUCGAGUUUGAGUUUAUGCAGGCCCCUUGUCAAGCUCACUGGGAUGCUGCACUUCGUGUGAUUUGUUAUCUGAAAGGCCCUCCUGGAUAGGGCAUUCUUCUUCAUGCUGAUAGGGACCUUUCUCUUACCGGAUGGUGUGAUUCUGAUUGGGCGACCUGCCCGCUUACUCGUCGUUCUUUUUCUGGAUGGUUGGUUUUCUUGGGCAUUCUCCUAUAUCAUGGAAAGCCAAAAAGCAAUCUAGUGUUACUCGAUCUUCCGCGGAGGCAGAAUACCGAGUUAUGGUCGCCGCCACCUGUGAACUUAAAUGGCUCAAGGCUUUACUUCUCAGCCUUGGAAGUAAUCAUAACAAAGUUAUUUCGUUGUUCUGUGAUAGUCAGUCUGCCAUACAUAUUGCACGGAACCCUGUUUUUCAUGAGCGCACUAAACAUAUUGAGGUGCAUUGUCAUUUUAUUUGUGAUGCUAUCAAAACGGACCUCAUUGCCCCUAGAUAGGUUCCUACAACUAUGCAACUUGCAGAUAUAUUUACUAAAACUCUUGGGAAGACUUAGUUCCACUUUCUUCUACGCAAGUUGGGCAUUCUAAAUCCUCAUGCUCCAACUUGAGGGAGGGUAUUAUGGAAGCAUAUAUUGAGAGAUAUAUUUAUUUAUUCUAUUUAUGAUAUGUAAUCUCUUAUAUUAGGCAUAUACUUAAUAUCCUACCUUUUUA